GUGAGUUCGUACUAAAGUGGGUGCGAGACGUAAUUAGCAGACGUCAAUUUUCUGUUCGAAUCAUCUCUUCAGUGAUUAAUUUGCAUUUAAACAGCAGUUACUUCCGACAGUGAUUUUAGUUAUAAAAACCGACAGAGAAAUCGAAAUCGAACACAUAAAAAAUGGCGAUUCUCGACUGGAUUGAGGUUUUCGUGAUGAUUCCGGCGAUAGUUUUCCUUUUCCGGUGGGCGGACCGGAGGGGGAAGAAGAGGUCGGAGCCGACGACAUGGCCUGCGAUCGGGAUGCUGCCGGCGGCCAUCCAGAACUUCCGCCGGCAACACGAUUACAUCACUGAGGUUCUUACCGAUUCCGGGGGGACAUUCGAAUUCAAAGGCCCCCCGUUUUGCAACGUCGACAUGGUCUUCACCUGCGAUCCGGCCAACAUCCACCAUAUCUUCAGCAAGAACUUCUCUAACUACCCUAAAGGCCCCGAAUUCAGGAAGAUUUUCGACAUCCUCGGCGACGGAAUCUUCAACGCCGAUUUUGAGCUGUGGGAAGUUCACCGGAGAACGACGCAGUUCCUUCUGACCGGCGCCGGAUUCCACAGGGCCCUGGAAAAGACUGUCUGGGGGAAAGUGGAGACAGGCCUGCUUCCAGUUCUUGACAAUUUCUACAACAAUGGCGCUGACGUGGAUUUGCAAGAAAUCUUCCAGAGGUUCGCUUUUGACAACGUUUGCAAGAUCGUGUUGGAUUACGAUCCUCGCAGUUUGUGUGUUCAAUGGCCUUUUAUUCCCUGCGAGAAGGCGUUCAGCGUCGCCCUGGAGCCGCUGUUUUACAGACAUAUAAUUCCUGAACCUGUCUGGAAGUUGCAGAAAUGGCUGAAGAUCGGCAGGGAGAAGAAGCUAAUGGAAUCUUCUUACAAUUUCGAUCAAUUCAUCUAUUCCCAAAUAGACAAAAAAAAGGAUUCCAAGUUCCUGACAGCAUUCGAAAAAACCUACGAAAGCGUGGGGUCUUCCCGGUGCCUGAGAGACUUCCUGAAGGACACUUCGCUGAAUCUAAUGUUCGCCGGGAGGGACACGACGAGCACGUGCCUCACGUGGCUGUUCUAUCUCAUUGCCCAGAAUCCCAAUUCGCAGACGAAGAUUCUAGAAGAAAUCAAAUCCCAAUUGCAAAUCCACGGCGGCGAACAAUUUAGGUUCUUCGGCGCGGAGGAGUCAGGGAAGCUGUUGUAUCUACACGGGGCAUUAUGCGAGUCACUGCGGCUGUUCCCGCCGGUGGCGCUGGAGCACAAAGCGCCGGUCCGACCGGACGUGCUGCCGAGCGGCCACCGGGUGAGCCGGGACGCGAAGAUUAUAGUUUCGUUUUAUUCGGUGGGGAGAAUGGCGAGUGUGUGGGGAGAAGACUGCCUGGAAUUCAAGCCGGAGCGGUGGAUAUCGACCGCCGGCGGCGGGGGGAUCAAGCACGCGCCGUCGUAUAAGUUUCCGGCGUUUAACGCCGGGGCGAGGACGUGCCUGGGGAAGGAGAUGGCGUUCAUACAGAUGAAAAUGGUGGCUGCCUGGCUGGUCUAUCGUUACAGGAUUGAAUUGGUGGGUGGGCAUCGGGUGUUUCCGCGGGACUCCAUAAUUUUGCAGGCUGUGAAUGGAUUGAGGGUCAGAUUGUUCAGAAGGGGAGAUGAUGACUGAAUCAUGACGCCAUUUUUACCGUACAGUCUUUAAACAGUUCAAUAAAAUAUUUGCAAAUAGAAUGUUACCUUCUUUUGAAAUCUAAUUUUAAACUUUUUUACUAUAUACUUUUCUGUGAUACAUCCAAACACCUAUUUAAUAAAAGUGUGGAGAAAUCUGCAGAUGGA